UCUCGCCACGAUGUUCCUGUUGGCUUGUGGAUUCAGUGGAGCGAGGAGUUGCUGGAGUACCAGGCGGUCUGGUGCUGAACAGGCGGGCGGAGGAGCGAGGGGGCAAAGAGAGGGAUCAUGAUUGGCGGAGCUCGUCCACAUGCAUAGAGUCGCAGACGCCGUCUGCCCUGGAAUGACAGCCUGGGUCAUCCUUCCCGUUAGCCUUUCCGUGUCCACCAUCACAGCGCUGUGGGUCGUGUAUGUGGUGGCAGUGCAGAAUCAUCAUGUUUGCCCCGUGGAUAACUGGACCUACAAUGACUCAUGUGAUGAAAACAUUGGCCAAGACGAACACAAAAGAUGUUGCACUUUAGAUGAGAUCCCAUUGGUCAGUAAAUGUGGCACCCUCCCUCCCGAGAGCUGUCUCUUCAGCUUGAUCUGCAAUAUUGGUUCUUUCAUGGUGAUGUUGCUCGGUUUACUGCGCUAUGCACAGGUGAUGGAGAGACACCAGAAGUCCUUGCUGAACACUGCAGCGCUGGUCACGUGCUGGAGUUGUGCCGCGGGCCUCAUCAUUGUGGGAAACUUUCAGGUUGACAAUGCUAGAGUCCUGCACUAUGUUGGUGCAGGAGUGGGAUUUCCCAGUAGUAUGCUGUUCAUCUGCUUCCAGUCUGUCAUCACCUACAAGAUUGCAAAGAAUUCGCUGGACUAUCGGAUAGGACACUGUCGUGCUGUCCUGACCAUCGUGGCCUUCGUCAACCUUGUCCUUAGUGGGGUCUUCUUCGUUCAGGAGAGCUCAAAUCUCCAGCAUGCUGCGGCCAUUUGUGAAUGGGUCUUCACUAUUGUUAUCCUCAUUUUCUACGGGACAUUCGCAGUGGAGUUUGGCUCUAUUACUCAGAACACCCUUCUUGAAAUGCUGACAAAGGAAGCCCAGAAGAGCCACUGUAAAGCAGACAGCAACAGAAUCCCAGGCACACACAUCAACUGCACCCAAGAGGCUGUGGCAAUGAUCUAGACUUCAAACCGUGAACAGGCAGGUCCAUCUAUUUUGCCAUCUCGAAAACUUUGCCUUUAAAACAGCAUUAAAAAAAAAAUCCAAGUGUUCAGGACAUCUAUGGAGCAUUACUGUUUGAUGUAAAAUGACAACUGAAAUGUCUCAGAUUCUUGAAGCAAUCAAAACACUACUGCAGAAACCAACCUGAGAGGACCAAGCUUGUCAUUUCCAUUGGCAUUUUUUGAAACAUUUAUCUGGAAGUUAAUUUUUGUAAUAAAGAUUUGAUUUUUAUAACAAAAUGAAUUAUAUAUUUUUGGCAACAGUCGACAACCAUUUUGAAUAUGUGUCGGAAUUUUGAACUUUGAGAUGUUUUUAGCACUGGCUGAUGUAAUUGGAUGGUUAAACAUCCACAUUUUAACUGUGAUGAUAACUUUAAAAAAAAAAUCAUUACAUUUGAUAUUGAUUCUGUAUCCGCUGCUUUGAUAAAAAGCUUCACUAACCUAUCACCUCUUCAUAGCACUAUAACCUCUUCUGACUCCAUAAUCUCUACUGAAUCUCCAAUUUCAUCUGUCCUAUUUUUGGCUGUCAUUCCUUCAACUAUCUAGACUCCAACUCUGGAAUUUCUUUAAUAAACUUCUCUGCUGCCAUACCUCUCUCCUGUUUGUUAAGGCUAGCAGCCUUUGAACUACAUCUGUACAGUAUUGUAUAAGCAUAUAAUGACACUGUAUUGGAUCACGUGUGCUUUGUGGUGUACACGUGCAGUCUGAGAAGAACCUUGAAUAAAACAGACAAACCUUUUGGAACUCGCGGUGGUUCCGGCCUAUUA